CACUACAACCAGGAAAUGCCUGACCUUAACUGCACCUACAAACCACCACCAGUCAAGUGUAAUGGAUUUGAUCCCAGGGCUUUCCGCUGGGCUCUGACUAUGAGGCUAGCAGUGGACGAGAUAAACCAGAACUCAGAACUUUUGCCCAAUCACACUUUAGGGUAUGAAAUCUUUGAUUCAUGUGCAUAUCCUCUGACUGGUCAAAGGGCAGCUCUGGCUGUGUUAAAUGGUCUGAAUGAGGAAGACUCUUCCACGUGCAGUGUUUCUUCUCCACUUCUUGCCCUGAUAGGAGAAUCUGGUUCUGCUCAGUCCAUUGUGGUUUCAAGAAUCCUGCAGCCAUUCAGAAUCCCAAUGAUUAGCUACUUUUCAUCAUGUGCCUGUUUCACUGACAGAAAGAAUUAUCCCACAUUUUUCAGAGUAAUUCCUAAUGAUGAUUAUCAGGUCAAAGCCAUUGCUCAGCUGCUGGUGCGCUUCAGCUGGACUUGGAUUGGACUUAUUCGAGGAGACCAUGAGUACGGGCGAUUUGCUGUGCGAGGUUUACUGAGGGAAUUACAGGGAACCAACGUUUGUGUGGCUUACCAAGAAAUGAUUCCUCUGCUUUACAAUUCAAAGAGGGCUCUGGAGAUCAUGCAGGUGAUGCAAAAUUCUUCAGCAAAGGUAGUGGUAGUAUUUUCAGCUGAAGGGGAAAUGACACCUUUUUUGAGGGACUACAUGACACAGGACAUAACUGGAAUCCAGUGGGUUGCAAGUGAAGCCUGGAUCACGUCAUCUGUCUUUACAGGAAACAACUAUUACCCCUACUUGGGGGGCACCAUUGGGUUUGGCAUCAGAAAAGGUCAUAUUGCCCGACUUGGUGACUACCUGCUGACAGUCACUCCUCAGAAAUAUCCCAAUAAUAUCUUAGUGCAGGAGCUGUGGGAGGCUCUUUAUGGCUGCAAUCCUUUUCCACAAUCUGCCUCCCAGUUGCCGCCCUGCUCAGGGAAGGAGGAGCUGUUGGGGCAACACUCGGCCUACACAAACACAUCUAGCCCUAGAGUGGCCUAUAAUGUAUAUAAGGCGGUAUAUGCUGUUGCUCAUUCUCUACACAACCUGCUUCUUUGCCAACCAAGCAGUGGGCCAUUUGAAAACAAAUCAUGUGCACAAAACAACAAUAUACUUCCCUGGCAGCUGCAGCAUUAUAUCCAGGAAGUGAAAUUUAUUAUUGCCGGGGAGGAAGUCAACUUUGACUUGAAGGGUGACUCCGUUCCAUACUAUGACAUCAUCAACUGGCAGAGAGGUUCAAGUGGGAACAUUGACUUUGUCAACGUUGGGUUGUUCGAUGGAACUAAGCCUGCUGGAAAGGAGCUGGUGAUCCAGGAGGACAAAAUAAUGUGGGCAGGGCAACAGAGUGAGGUGCCAGUGUCUGUGUGCAGUCCCAGCUGUGUACCAGGGUCCAGGAAAGCUGUCCGUCGUGGGGAGCCUGUCUGCUGCUUUGACUGUGUACUAUGCGACAGUGGCAAAACUAGCAAUCAGACAAAUUCAGUAGAAUGUAAAUUGUGUCCUGAUGACUUCUGGUCAAACAACGAGAGAACAGCCUGCAUCCCCAAGAGAGUGGAGUUCUUGACCUAUGAUUCCUUGGGUAUUUCUCUGACAGUGAUCUCUGCAGUAGGUGCUUGUCUCACAAUGGGAAUUCUUAUUGUGUUUUUCUAUCACAAAAAUACAGCAAUAGUUCGUGUGAAUAACUCAGAACUCAGCUUCUUUAUCCUGUUUGCCCUGACAUUGUGUUUUCUGUGUUCUCUUAUUUUCAUCGGAGAGCCAACGUUUUGGUCCUGCAUGCUCCGCCACACUGCCUUUAGCAUCACAUUUUCACUUUGCAUCUCCUGCAUUCUGGGAAAGACUCUGGUGGUGUUGGCUGCUUUCACAGCCACAAGGCCAGGGAACAACAUCAUGAAGUGGCUUGGGCCCAAACAGCAGCGAGCUAUUAUCUUUAGCUGCACCCUCUUCCAGGUGGUUAUCUGUGCUGCCUGGCUUAUUGAUGCUCCACCUUUUCCAUCUCGAAACACCAAAUAUGAACGCUCAAAAAUUAUACUAGAGUGCAGUGUUGGAUCUAGCUUUGCAUUUUGGUGUGUUUUAGGUUAUAUAGGUCUGCAAGCAUGUCUCUGCUUUUUAUUAGCAUUCCUGGCUCGGAAGUUGCCCGGCAACUUCAAUGAGGCUAAGUUUAUAACUUUUAGCAUGUUGAUUUUCUGUGCAGUGUGGCUGGCAUUUAUUCCUGCCUACAUCAGCUCUCCUGGGAACUAUGCAGACGCAGUCGAGUCAUUCGCCAUUUUAGCCUCAAGCUUUGGCUUGCUGUUCUGCCUUUUUGCUCCAAAGUGUUACAUUAUUUUACUCAAGCCAGAAAAAAAUACUAAACAAUAUCUGCUGGGAAAGGAAAAGAAAUGA